AUGGGUAUUAAAGGGCUUUUCCAGGUCAUUUCAGACAAUGCCCCCGACGCCAUCAAGCAUGGUGAUAUCAAGCAGCAGUUCGGCCGCAAGGUCGCCAUCGAUGCUUCUAUGAGCAUUUACAGUUUUCUCAUCGCCGUGCGCUCCGACGGCCAAAUGCUGACCUCCGAAUCCGGCGAGACGACUUCCCAUUUGAUGGGGAUCUUCUACCGCACACUGCGAAUCAUUGACAACGGAAUCAAGCCCCUCUACGUCUUCGACGGCAAGCCUCCAACCCUCAAGUCCGGCGAACUCGCCAAACGUACCGCGCGCAAAGCCGAGGCUACCGAGGCCCUCGCAGACGCAAAAGAGUCAGGUACAGCAGAGGACAUUGAGAAGUUCUCGCGCAGAACUGUAAGAGUCACUCGCGAGCACAAUGAAGAGUGUAAGCGCCUGCUCAAGCUUAUGGGUGUGCCAUAUAUCGAUGCGCCUUGCGAGGCUGAGGCGCAGUGUGCUGUGCUUGCGAAGGCUGGGAAGGUGUAUGCGGCCGCGUCAGAUGAUAUGGAUACAUUGUGCUUUGAGACGCCGAUUCUGCUAAAGAAGCUCAUGUUGAGUGAGCAGAAGAAGGAGCCCGUGCAGGAAAUUGAUCUGCAAAAGGCGAUGGAUGGGCUAGGGUUCGAUCGUGCUCAGUUUAUCGAUCUAUGUAUUCUCCUCGGAUGCGAUUACUGCGAAACCAUCCCAAAGGUUGGGCCGACGACGGCGCUGAAGCUAAUCAAGGAACACAAGAGUAUUGAGAAAGUCCUUGAGCACUUGGGACCUAAAUACGCGGUCCCAGAAGACUGGCCGUACCAGGACGCCCGUGAAUUGUUCUUCAAGCCCGAGGUUAUUGACGCUGAAGAAUGUGACUUCAAGUGGGAGCCACCAGAUGUUGAUGGACUGAUCAAGUUUUUGGUACAAGAGAAAGGGUUCGCCGAGGAAAGAGUCAGGAGCGGAGUCGCAAAGCUAAACAAGAACCUCAAGAGCACCACACAGUCGCGCAUGAAUGACUUCUUUAAACCAGUCCCUAAAACGGCGGAGGAGCUUGCACUGAUCAAAAAGAAAAACGAAGAGAAAGCGGCCGAAAAAAAGAGAAAACAGAGACAAGAACAGGCGGCAAAGAAGGGUGCGAAGAAGCCCAAACUGGGGUCAUAA